AUCAAGUUCAAGGAUGCGGUCGGCAGGAAGUUCAGCUUUCCAUUUCACUUGUGCGCACAAUGGGAGGGUAUGGAGGAAUUGAUCAAACAAGCAUUCUUACAUGUCGAUGUCAUCGGACCUCAUGUACAAGAAGGUCACUAUGACUUGAUUGGGCCGAAUGGAGAGAUCAUUCUACCUCAAGUAUGGGAGACAAUGAUCGAGCCG